AUGAUGAACUGGCAAUAUGAUCCUUGUAUUCUGAAGCUGUUAGAAAAAACCACAUUAGAAAGCCUCUUCAAAGAAUAUUUUAAAACUGUGUAUGGAAAAGAUAAAGUGCAAGAGAUGGAGAACGCACUCCGAAACGCGUUGAAUAGAUACGAAAACAAGAAUGAGCUUUUCGAGAAACUUGUGGAGAACAAAGAAAAUGAAGCUGAACCACUCAACAGUGGAAAAAACCACACACCAGAAAGUAUGCUCACUUUAUCCAGAAUCUUCAUAAAAGUCGGUGAUUACCGUCUUGCAUGCGAAGUUCUCUGGUGUACUGUUUUUCUGGACAUCCAAGAAUUCAUAUCGAGUCGUCAGCUCCUUGUAUUCCAUGACGUUUCUAAUAAAGAUGCAUCAAAAAUGUUCGAUUUCUAA